GGCGCUGGAGUGUCAUCAGCGCUUAUUGCUGUGAUUUCAAGAAAGCUAGAGCUGAGCAGAGCAGAAAAGCAUGUGAAUAACUUUAUGGCGGAUUCAAAGUUGACAAAUCAGCGGAAAAAUGCCGCAGCCUCUGUACUGCAGGAGACAUGGUUUAUUCAUAAGUACAAGAAGGCGCUGCACAAGGGCGAUGAACUACGUUUACGUCACCAUCAACGACGUUUCCUACAUUCAAUCAACGAGUUUCGACGAAUAAAAUGGGAUCAGCGCAAACUUCAAGAAAAAGGAAAUUCAUUGCUUGAUGUUGGAAAGGUAACUGCUCGCUUAAUUAUGCCUAGGCUAUAG